GUAUCCUGGGAUUUGUUAAAUAUUGACACUCACUUCACACCCCAAAAGGAAAAGUCUAUAGUCUCUUUACGGAACAAUGUCCCGUUGCUGCUGUGGGAUUAGAAUGACAUAAGACAUUGUGUACGGUUGUCAUGGCGAGGGGUCAUACCUUUUUACACAGGCAGACGUGAGAUAGCGUUACGCUGUUAUAGUCACUAUACAACUUAGAUAUUAUAACGAGGGAGGUGCAAUCCCAGUUUAUAUUAUACUGAACCUAGGCCCAAGAUGGCUCCGGAGGCAACACCGACAGGGAAAGAUAGCAAUAGUCUAGACGAGAGUAAAGGUAAGUUAUCAACAAAGUCUUCCAGAAGGAAGUCGGAGAAGAGAACUACUGCUACACCGAAAACACCGACUAGGCCUAUAAGGAAGGAGCAUGUGUCUGUUUACAAUCGCCCCAAUCCUAAAAAGGAUAGAAAGAGUUUAAAGGAAGAUUACGAAAGUCACGUGUCCGGUCGUGAGGGCUGGUGGCGAGCAACAAUAAGGGAGACCCCGGUUCCAGGUGCGUACGAAUCGAGAGAUUUUUUGGCUGAUCUUGAGACAAUGGACGCCUCGUGCGCCUUCAAAAGCGAAGGUAGAAAGAGGCAGGUGCAACAGAAGCGUGGUGCCAUAUUACUUCCGGGAGCUUAUCAACAACAUGAUCUAACAUAUAACCUUGAACAUAAACAUAUGACGUAUACAUUUAAAAAUACCGAACGAACAGAGCUACCAGGCUUCAGAGACAAGGACAUUAAUGUUUGCCCAACAGAGUAUCCAAUAGAAAAAUACCUAACUGUUUCAACACAGAAGUCCCCAUCAAAACAUUCAGUAUUCAAAUCUAAUAGUCAAAGAUUUCCAACCAUCUACUUCAAAGGAGUAAGUACAAUUGAGGUUGGGUAAUUCAGCAGAUGAAAUGGGUGGUACGUAAUACAUCUUGGAGA